CGCCAAAAUUCCACCCCUAUUUCUAUCUCCUCCAAAACCUAAACCCUAAAAAGUCUUCACUCCGACUCAAUGGAUCCGCUGUCAGAGGUCCCCGGCAGCGAGAUCGAAGAGAACGACGCUUUUAUAGGAUUUGUGGAGCACGCAAGAUCAAUGCUUGCUUCAUCAUUGUCGGAGGAGGGCGGAGACAAUGACGGCGGCGGCGGCCGCGGCGAUGGAUCGGACCCUUCAUGGAGCUGGGUCUUGUCUCGGAUCCUCAAGACCUGCAUCGCUUACUCUAGCGGGGUCACACCAGCGAUCCUUCUAUCGGAUCUAUUUCAGGCUUGGAGCGAGAAGCACAGAUAUGCCACCUCAAAGAAAAAGUUGGAAUGCACGGUUUCAUUGAAGAAGAAGAACAAGAGAACAAGGCUUCCAAACACUGUUACCAUUGAUUCCAUAUAUGAGAAGAAUUUCCUUUCUCAGAGUAGCAUUCUCGAAGCUUUUGUUGUGGAUGCCUUCCUUCUUCCAGGCACAAACAUAUAUUUGCUAAAUUUGGGCGAUCUGUGGAGUUCAUAUACCAUUGAUCUGUAUCUCCAUCGCAGGUACUAUCAUUUGGUUGAUCUAGAUCAUGGGAUUCUGAAGAAAGGGCGUGAGAUAUUCCUCACAGGAUGUAGUCUCCGUACUCCUAUUGGAGGUUCUGGUCAUCCUCGCCUUUUGCCGACAGAGUAUCUGGUUAUAUUGUUAGAUGAGGAUCAAGAUGAGGAUGCUAUGCUGCUGGGUGCGCAGUUCUGCUCUGAUUCUUUCUCAUCCAUAUCCGUUGAUGCGGUUAAAAAUGGCAGUGCUUCAUAUUCAUUUUAUGCUAGGAUUGAAUCAAUUGGGCCUUUGGAAGUUCAAGGUACUUCUGAGCGUUUACAGAGGAAGCAGAUUACCCUUGUAGAUGGUGAUGGUGCCAGGUUAAAGUUUCUGUUGUGGGGCGAGCAAAUUAUUCUUUCCAAUCUCUUUAGUGUUGGAAGUAUGCUUGCACUGGAUAGACCUUAUAUUGAGAAUAUCACCGAAAGCAACUCUGAGCCGUCUGAAGAAUUAUGUCUUGAAUAUGGUAGUUCUACACAGUUAUUCUUGGUGCCAUUCAUGCAACAUGAAGAACAGGUACUUCCUACUCCCACCCAAACAAAGUACCAAGGAUCAAGAAAUUUGAAUGCGACGAUCCAGAGUCAGGGUCCCAAAUUUUCCCAAGUUUCCCUGCCCCAAAACUCGGAAGGAUCUAUUGACUUCAGUAAUUAUCCUUUUCGAUUGUACAUAAUCGAUCUUCAUGACAAAAUGACUGGGACAAGCCUUUAUGGUGUUAUAACAAACAUUGAAAGAGAAAAAAUCAACGUGGGAAAUGUUUUUUCUGUGACAAUUGAAGAUAGAACAGGAGCAAUUGUUGCAAAACUACACUUCAAAAGCUCUUGGUCUUUAGGAAGAUUGGGGUUUGGUCAUACAAUAUUCAUAUCAGGCUUGACUUGCUCUCUUACUAAGAAGAAGCUGCUUCAAGCAUCAUGGUUUGAAAAGGAUUCUGGAUCAUCUUUGGUUGACCUAAGCAGCUUGCCAGCAUUGCUUAACUCGUCAUGCCUCCAUCAACUAUCUCCUUUAUCCAAUAUCUCCAGCCACAUGAACACUAAUGUAUGUAUCGUUCACAUUGACCACAUUGAACUUCCUCAUGUGCACUCGAUGCUGUCUCAUGCUCUUUGUGGCCGUCAUGUAAAUGAGAGAUCUGAAGGAUUAGUUCAAUGCAGUUUCUGCAAUUCUAGCUGCGAUGGUCAACUUGUGCGCCGUUUCUACUUGAGAGUUACACUUGCAGAUGAAAGUGCAAAGGUUUUUGCUUGGUGUACGGGCCAAACUGCUGCAGAGCUGUUGCAGAUAUCUCCAGAUGAAUUCAGUGAGUUGCCUGAGGACGAACAAGCGAUGUACCUCUUCACCCUCGAGAAUGAAAGGUUCUUGGCUGCUAUCGUAAAUAGUAAUCCACAUAAGAUUAGAAGCAAUGCUGCAUCGAACGAGGCAAAUGAUCCAAACUGGGAGAUCACCAGAGCUCAAAGAUGCGAAUGAAGUGAUUUCAUUAGUACUUCUUCAGAUUUCGCUAUCGGGAGAAGGUUUAGGAUUUAUCGGAGCUUGACGACAUGGUGGUAACUUAAUACAGGCAAUAUGCUGCCUGAAGAAAAGAGAUUCCCCAAAAGCAGUCUAUUGAGGUUCAGUCUUUUUUGGUACCGUGUAUUAUUGUCAUGGGAUGAUGUACGUGUAUUAUUACUUAACUUUCCGAUAUAAAUGAGUAUUUAUUAAUGUAAAAUCUUGCUUCGUAGAA